GCUCGUAAACUGCCGAGAGAAAGAGCCAGCGGAGACACAAACCGAUGAACGGCCGGUCGGGCGGUGUGUAUGUGUGAGUGUGUGUGUGUGACUGAGAGAGAUAGAGAGAGAGAGAGAGAGAGAGAGAGAGAGAGUUGAGGCUGGGCGCCCCGAUGCUGCUCCAGCUCCGGAGUGUGUCCUGACGGAUCUGUCGUAUCAAAAGUAGGAGAUAAAGCCGUUAGCGACUGUUUCCGGCAGCUGCUAUUUAAAUCUCACAUUACUGAAGCAAUGCAGUCCCAGGGCAGCACUUCCUCUCAGCCCUCCUUCGAUUCCCUGAGCUCCAGCGACAGCCUCUUGUUCAGCGACUCGGAGCAGGCGGAGGACGACACGGAUGUCUUCCUGACAGACGGCUCUUCCUCUGUCAUCAUCGGUGGCGUGGGCGGGGCUGUGGCCAAUGGAGACAGAGGAUCGGAGAGUCCUGGGUCCCAGUGGACUUGCGAUGGUUUCACCGAUAAAGAGGAAGAGGAGGAGGCAUACAGGUCGGAGAGCAGCGGCAAGGCCGCUCACAUCAACUUGGGCGAGACAGAUCCUACGAGCCAGAUCCCGAAAUCACAGGGAGACCUGCUGUUUGCUCAAAAGUGUGCUGAGCUGCAGGGUUUUGUCAGGCCCCUGCUGGAGCUGCUGAAUGGACUGAAGAGGGGCCGAUUCGACCGCGGUUUGAGUAGUUUCCAGCAGAGCGUUGCCAUGGAUCGAAUCCAGAGGAUCGUAGGGGUUUUACAGAGACCUAACAGCGGGGAGAAGUACCUGAACACUCUCCUCCAGGUGGAGAUGAUGCUGAAGCUUUGGUUUCCUCAGAUCACCACUCAGCCUGUCUCUGCAGCUUCCAGCGUUGUCGCAUCGCCCGCUCGAUCCCUCCAAGAAACUUCCAGCUCCACCCCGCCGCACAAGCACAGGGAUCAGUUACAUAUUCCCGUCAAGCGCAGACUCAGCUGGACAAGUACGGACUCCCCAACGCCCUCCCCUGUGCUUCUGAAGUGCCCUCGUAUCAGUGCAGAAGAGAAGAGGGUGAAGCAAGAUCACGCUAAAAGGGACAGCCCUCCUCCCUCAUCGUCGGCAUCUGACGCCGACCAAAAUUCGCCAGGUGUGGCUGCUAACAGCCAGCUAAAUGAGGACACAAAGGGAAAGGACAGUGACAGCGAAGAAUUAGGCAAGCCAUCGAACUACAAAGCAGGUCAAAGCUCUGAGCCAAGCCUGACGUGGGUUCACAUCGCCCCCAUCCUGUCCCCACGAAAGGCCUGCCCUUCACAUGAGGGCACAACAGUGGGAGGUCACAAUGACAACCGGCCUGUCACUGCCGUCCUUCCACCCAGCAGGCGGGGCAGUCCAGCUACACAAGACAGCUCUAUCUCUUCUACCACACCCUACAAGCACCCCAAAAAUCUGAAGAAGCCAAUCCGGUGCCAAAGCCAGCCUGUCACUGGACAACAGAGUGAGACCAUCGAGAUCAAUCAGGAUCAAAAUCAAUCUCCUCAUGUCACAGUCAAGCCUUUGCCCAGGCUGUGCCCCACCCCCUUAGAGACCUGAUGCAUUGAACAAACAAAGAGCCGGCAGCUCUGCUUCGUUACACCACCAGGCCAAGAGCUGUUGUUAAGAAGAAGAAGAAGAAGAAGAAGAAGAAGAAGAAGAAGAAGCGAAGAGGCGAAGAGGCUAAAGGCCUGUGAUUAUAGAUGCAUUAACGAGAGGUGGAGGAAAGAAUUGUGGGGGAUAUAUGUUGAAGACAAAUGAUGGAUCACACGCAACCCCUCAUCAAGACACUUACAACAGUUAUUUCAAACAACGGGACAUGUGUAAAUGAAUCAAAUCUAUCAAGAGUUGAUAAUCACAAUUACAUAAUAAUCUAAACACCUGUACAAAGGGUGGAGUUGAGGGGCAUAGGAAAUCAUCUGAAGCUCAAAGGCUGAUACAACUGAUUGAGUAAUGAUCAAUUGGAGAGAUUUUUGAGGAUUUUUCGAGGAGAAAGUAAUUGUUUCUCUUCAGCAUGAAAGCAAUCAAUAUAUUCAGAGAUGAAUGUUUCGGCAGACAUCUAACUUGAAGGACACACUCCAUCUGAAAGGCUGAUUUCAAUAUUGAGAGUGAAAGCUUCCAAGGUUUAUUGUGAUGAGGUAAUGCUAGUUAGGAUUAAAUCCAGAGUGAGGAACGCAGGGUGAGCUGAAUUUUAUUCUAGUCUCAUAGUUGGAGACACGUUUGACCUUACAUUCACUUGUAGAUAGAAUCAAGGCAUCCGUCUUGAAGAGGAAACGUGACAUUGACAUCAUUGAAAAUCAUGUAGCUAGUGAUGUGACAAAUACAGUGUAAAGAACGCAGCAUUAUACUGUACAUGUAUACUGGUGCAUCAUUGGAGACUGUGGGGGGAAAAAAUGAUGUCAACAACUCGCAAAUGUAAUCCAAGAACUGUCCGAGCGCUUGGCUGGCAGAUCUGUGGCAGGGCAUCGAGAGGAGUGACAUCACAGCGGCCAGAGGUCACAUAACCUCUCCUGCCGUGCCCUCCGUGAAUCAGAUGUUUCUGCCCGGUCCUCAAUUUGCAAACUGAUGGGUCUUGAAAAUCCAGGAAAGACCAGCUGGAGGAAGAAAACAAGGACCACUCAAAAGACAUAUGACUCUCGAGUCCCACAGUUAAUUUAUUCAUGUGUAGAUCGGACACUGCAUUUAUUUAUUGUUUGUAUUUAUUUAUUGGGCAGCUGAAUAUUGCCUGCUGUGUACUUGCACAGUUUGGCCUACAAUUUGUUUGAGGCGAUUGGGAAGAUGCUGUUGACAGUUUGUUUGUGGUUUUUAUUGCUUAAAAAAACAACAACGAUGGAAGUGAAAUCUUAUGAUUGGACUAUUGGACUUCUGUGCCUUUUACCAAAUAGGAUGUGUUCAGAAAAGCAUUUGGUGCUUUCAGUGCAUUCAUACUGCGUUUUGAUUGUUUGCUUUUAUUUCACAAAACCAGUACACAUUCAAUCAUGAAAAGCCUACAUGUAGUCGUUUUUCUCUCGCUUCAGAAGUUACACACAGCAUCAAAACCAACAGUAUCAUGGACUGUCCAUCUCCUGCUUAAAAACCGGCGUCCAGCUCGUAGUAAUCUGACAUCUACAGUCAAUCCAAACUGUCUGUAUCUCCAACCUUUACACACACACCAACAGCAGUGGCUACUAUUUGUCAUGUAGUUUCGAAGUGAAGCCUUCCUUUGGGGCUUUUCUUUUGGUUCUGAUCAACAGGGGAACAGACUGAACUGCACUUAUAGCUGGUUCUCUUGAAAACUUGAAAGAACAGAGAAAAUAUAAACGAAUGGGAGGAAAUAUUUAUUUGCACCACCCUCUACUGCUGCUAUUGUUCUAAUUCCAGUUCUGAUUUAGAUAUUUGAUAGGAGGCUCGCUCUUUAUUUGGAAAUCUGCUCACAAUAUUCUUCUAAAUGUAGGAUCGGGAGGAGGGGGUUUUAGCGAUGUCAUUGGAUUUACCUAUAUUGCAAAAGAAUUGUAAAUAUUUAAACUAAAAUAUUUUUAAAUUGGUAUGAGUGGUUCAUACAGUAUAUUUACAUUAAUUGAGAGGAGGGAUAUCCACGUACCGGACUCCUUUUUAAAAAGCACCACGUGUGAACACAGAGCUACUGGCAGCCUGGAGUAAAGAGUGUUCGAACCCUCAGUCAUAGACCUGGAGUCUUACCCCAUCGCGUCUUUAAACGUGGCGGUGUGAUGUGCCAGACGCUGAUCAGAGGCGGAGGGGGGGGUUGUGUCCCCCACCCGACUCCUGUUUUUAUACAGUUGUGGUAUGACAGAGAAAACCAAUUGCACUUAUUUUUCAUUGUUUAUGUCCUUUUUCAUGUAUGUUUUCUACUGCAGCGACCACUGCUGAUUGGUCAGAAAUAAUAUGUCUCAUUUAUUUUAGCUGCCUUUCACUUCUUAAACUGUAAAAGCUGACUGUAGUCCCCAACCCACCUCUCCCCCACCUCCCCUCCCCUCCCCCACUCUGCUGCAUUCGUCUGCCCUUGCCCUCUCUCCUUCAUCUCCCUCAAUCCUGUUAGUAUCUUUUCUUUCUAAACUAAACUCUGUCUCUCUCCCUCUCACCUCACCUUGACAUGAUAUUUCUCUUCUGGCUACUUUUUCAAUAAUGGUGAAAAGGAAAAAAAAUCUUUUAAUAAAUGACGCAUUUUUGAAAUCUGAA